CGAACAGCUGCCCGCGUCUGUGCGCAUGCGCAGUGAGAGCGGCGAGCGGCGCUCAAUGCUCAGGCUUUCUCUCGCGAGGAAGGACGCCAUUAUCGGAAUCCUCACAAACAACACGAGAAUUCAUCAUUCACACGGUUUGAAUGAUGUCAGAGCAAGAUUUGGUGGAGAUAGUCCAGAUCGCAGUGGCAGAUUUGAAUCAUGAAGGACAUCAAACAGAUGUCCUGGAGAAUAAUGAAGACGCUGAUCAACCAGGCAGGAAACGAGCAAGGCUGGACAUUAGCCAAGAAACCUCUAUUAAGUCGAUGCUGCUGUCCAUCAGUCAGGCUAUCUGCCAGCGGCUGGACAGCAUGGAGGCCAAGCUGCAGGUUCUUGAGGCCACCUGUCGAGGUUUAGUCGAGAAGCUGGACACAGUGAUGGGGAAAAACCAGUCGACCAUCCAGGUCCCCAUGGUGUCGGGGUCCCCGUUUGGAGCCACUCAGACCUGCGACAAAGUACGCUGUGUUGUUCCUCAGACAAAUGUUAUAGUGAGUGGAGACCGGCCGAAGACGCGGGAGGAGACUUCACCGCGCGCCUCAGACUCUUUAGAGAACCUGCUCAGCAAUACUGUUGGGCGAGGAAGACAGAAGACGAUCGUACUGAAGGUCCCCGUCCAGGAAGAGAUUCAGGAGGAUCAGGAGAGCGGCUCUGAAACGAGCGACUCGGUGUCCAACAGCGGCCAGCCUUUAUCUCAGAAUACCAACAAUGUAACACUCAUCACUCUCAACUCAGAGGAGGACUAUCCGGCAGGAACGUGGCUGGGUGAUGAGAACAACCCUGAGAUGCGUGUGCGCUGUCCGGUAUCUUCAGCGGACAUGCUGCACAUCAGCACCAACUGUCGCACGGCAGAGAAGAUGGCCCUGACGCUGCUGGACUACUUGUUCCACCGCGAGGUGCAGGCCGUCUCCAACCUCUCCGGACAGGGGAAGCACGGCAAGAAACAGCUGGACCCGCUCAUGAUCUACGGCAUCCGAUGUCACCUGUUCCACAAGUUCGCAAUUACCGAAUCCGACUGGUAUCGCAUCAAGCAGAGCAUUGACUCCAAGUGUCGUACGGCUUGGCGCCGAAAGCAGCGAGGACAGAGUUUGGCGGUUAAGAGUUUCUCACGACGAACGCCAGCCUCGCAAAGCAGCUCAGAUGGAGUCUCGGCUGCAGAGACAUCGGCUAUCGAGACCUCUACCCAGCAGGCCUUGCACUACGCUCUGGCUGGAGCCGCACAGCAAGUCCAGAUCCACCGUAUAGGAGAAGACGGACAGGUGCAAGUUAUACCACAGGGACACCUCCACAUCGCUCAGGUGCCACAGGGCGAACAGGUGCAGAUCACACAGGACAGCGAGGGCAACUUACAGAUCCACCAAGUGCAUGUUGGGCAAGAUGGCCAGGUAAAUGUUCUAAGAGGGCCGCAGCUCAUCGCAGUGGCUUCGACCGACGGGACUGGCGGGGUUGACGCGUCUCCACUCCAGGGUAACGAUAUUCAGGUGCAAUACGUCCAGCUGGGAACGGUGACCGACCACACCGGUGCAGUACAAGCUGAAGCUCUGACUCCAGCGCUGCAGGCGGAGAUGGACGUGAAGGAGGCCAUUCAGCUCCAGCAAGCCGAGAACGGAGAGGUGGUUCAGAUCCAGAUGCCAGGCACUUGAGUCGCUCCUGCAAACUUCUCACAUGUGCGUAAACAAAGAUAUUCGGCUAAAGCAUCAAGGAGAGGGCGAACUAGAGGAGUGUGGCCACUCAAACUCAAAUUAUCUACCAAAACCACCGCUGUCAGUCAACAGUUUUCGACUAAUUCCAAGUAAAACAAAUGCAAUUUGUUGUAACAUGUCAGCUCGUAUGGAAACUAUGGGCCGUCCCACCAAAAACAGUCACGGCGUCCAGUCUGCUUAGUAAUGUGUAAGCAAUGCUGGCUUCAUCGCUGGCUCAUCCAACCUCUCCGACACUGAACAAAACAGAAAAGAACAGAAGGCUUUUUCCUCUCCUGUCUAUCUGAAGUACCUCAUAUGCAAGGAACAAGCAUGUUUAACUGAAGAUUCGAGCAGACGGUUGAGUUACUGGGUUUAAACCGGUCACAAGUGUCAUUUUUAGUACAUGAGCAUCACACUUUGUAGACUUUUGCUUAUAUGAUAUUUCAAAAAAGCAGCAGUGUAAAAUAUGCUAUAAUCCAUAAUCCAAGGUUUUUCCGUUUUGCAAUCCUUUUGUGAAUUUUGUGUGCGUGUGUGUUUCCAUUGGUGAAGAGCUGGGGGUUUAUUUGAGGGCCACCUGUCUUCAUUCAUCAAUUAUCAAUUUGUUUUCAUAAUGGUUAGUCUAAAUAUUUUUUGUUUCAUAUAACAUUAUUGUACAGAAAAAAUAAACUACUGAAAGUUUUGUGGAGCUUUUGUAGGGCAGUUUACGAAUACACAGGAAAAUGACGACAGUGAACUGUGUUAAUGUAGUAUAUGAAAUAUGUACUUUUUCAUAUAUAUAUAUAAAUAUAUAUACAUAUAUUUGUGUAUGAAGGAUUUGUUCAAACUGAAUAAAUUACCUUUGUUUUGAAAUACAGUGUCUCGAGUAACAAAUGACAAUCUGCCAGACAACAUUAGCAAAAUUAAACAAUCACAGUUUUUAACAACUUGAUUCGUUUGAUUUCAAAAUGUCAAAUUAGAUUUUAAAAUUGUUUUUUGAAUUUGUUUUUUUUUUUAAAUUCAGAUUAUUGGUGUUUUCAGUUGUUGAUUCUUAAAUUAUUACCCCAAGUAUAUGAUAAUAGCCUUACAAAGUACACAUAGUUAUGUAUUGUUACAUACUCUGAUCUUAAAGCUGUCAACUUUUCAACCCUGUCACAGGAACUUUGAAAUUUAUAGACAUGGGCCUAUAACUUAAAUAGAUAAAUGAGUUAAUUCUGACUCAGUGUCAGGGUUCCUUCAAAUUUUAAUUUAAAACAAAAUGCUAGUUUUCUUUCAAAACAUGUUUUGUGUCAACCCUGUUACAAACUAUUGUGUGGUUGAAGAUUUGUGCGAAAAUAUUGAAUAAAGUCAUUAUUUUUAUGCUUUGUGCAAGAAGAACAAUAUUUUUCCAGCAAGAAGUUGAUCACUGAUUUUUUUUUCUUCCCACAACAGAGUUGAACUUUUGAGCUUGACAGGUUCAAUAUAAGCCUAACCAAAAUGAAUGUAUGAGAAUACAGAGUUUAAAAAAAAGAACCAUGCCGUCAAAAAAAGAUGCCAAUCUCAUGAAUAUGUGAAGAACAUUUCUGAACUUAAAUGACACAAGAUAACAGGGUUGAAUAGUUUUUUUUUUUUUAGAAUAAAAUGAACAAAUUAAAUAAAUUAAAAAGAAUUAAAAAAUAUAACUUGAAUAGAUAAUCAGAAUAGAGUCAAUUCUGAUUCAGUUUCAGUGUUCCUUGUAAUUAUGAUUUGAAACAAAAUGCAAUUUUUCUUUCAAAACAUGCUUUGUGUCAACUUUGAUAUAUUCAAAAUAUUGCAGGGUUGAUUUUGCUGUGCAAAAUGUUCAAUAAAGUCAUUAUUUUUGUGCUUUGUACAAAAAUAAUAUUUU